AUGGCAAUCUUUAAUGGUACUAGCUAUAGAGUCGUCAUUAUCCGUAUGUUCAUUAUGUUUUCUCUUUAUUUCUCAGAGUUCGGCUUUUUAGAAGUCAAUUCACUAGGAAUAAAUUAUGGUCGAGUGGGCGAUAAUUUGCUCGCACCUGAGAAGGUACUCAAUUUACUUACAUAUCUUAAUAUCUCAAAAACAAGGAUUUACGACGCUAAUCCGCAAGUUUUGACCGCAUUCGCCAAUUCCAACAUUGAAUUGGUAGUUACGGUUGAAAACGACUUGCUUCCUCAAUUAAUAAACCCAGUACAGGCCCUUCAAUGGGUAACCACUCACAUUAAGCCGUAUUUUCCUACCACUAGAAUUACGGGGAUAGCAGUAGGAAAUGAGAUUUUCACCCUUCAAGAUAAUACCCUAUUGCCAUAUCUUGUCCCAGCCAUGGUAAACAUUCAUGGUGCUUUACUCCAACUAGGCUUAGACUCGUACAUUAAAGUCUCUACUCCCAAUUCUCUAGAGAUUCUUGAAGAGUCAUAUCCACCUUCAGCCGGAAGUUUCAAAACCAACAUUUAUAACACCGUGAUAGAACUUUUAAAGUUCUUGUCAAACACCAAAUCUCCCUUUUGGAUCAAUGCCUAUCCAUUUUUCGUGUAUAAGGGGGGUAGUCCAAAUAAGAUUUCUUUGGAUUAUGUUUUGUUUCGUCCUACAAUAAGAAUCAUAGACCCGUACAGCAAGCUACAAUAUGAUAACAUGUUAUAUGCUCAAGUUGAUGCAGUCAUAUAUGCUAUUGCAAGAAUGGGCUUUGGUGCAAUAGAGGUUCAGGUUUCUGAGACUGGUUGGCCAUCAAAAGGGGACCCUGAUGAAAUUGGUGCAACCUUAGAAAAUGCUGCCAUUUACAAUGGGAACUUAGUGAGACGACAAUUGGAAAAUGAAGGGACACCUUUGAGGCCUAAUAUGAGGCUUGAAGUUUAUUUAUUUGCUUUGUUCAAUGAAGAUUUAAAGCCUGGACCGACAUCAGAAAGGAAUUACGGUCUUUAUCAACCUAAUGGAGCCAUGUGUUACAAUGUAGGGCUCCCUGCCCUAUCAAGUAAUACAAUACCUUCAACGGAUCAUAAGCCCCCUGGUCAUGCUUCCUCUGCUAUCAAGGUAAAGUCAUAG